CUUGCAUCACAUUAUUCAAGUAUGCACGAAGUUCUUUACUCAGAGUGCAAAGAUUCAUAGAACCAGUAAUAGCAAAGCUAAUUACAAACCCAGGUCUUAGUUUGGAAUUCUUUAGAAAUCCCACCCAGUCCCUUUGUCCCUCUUUUGACUUCAAAACUGCUCAUCAAAUAUGCAAGUCUACAAUGUCAGUUACAGGACCGGUGACAAUGUAGAAGUCAUCAAAAGAUCAGCCUUCACAACCUCAUUUCACCCAGCAACAAUUCUCACUCUAGAAACUAAUCGGGCAUCAAAAAGGAAAAGGAAAAGGACAAGGAACAACAACAAAAACAGUGAUGAUGAACAAGUACAACAGGAAGAAGAGGAAGAGGAACAUGUAUAUUUGGUGCAGUAUCAAAACCAACAACACGACAUUGUUUCCUACGUUGAUUUCAAUGACAUUAGACCUCAACCCCCUCAAAGCGAAUGUUUCAAGCACUUGGGUUUGAGUGUCAAUGACAAAGUUGACAUUUUAAAUGAUGGAUAUUGGAUAAAAGGCACUAUUUUGGCUAUUUUCUAUGAGGGUUUUAAAUAUUUAGUGGAAAUUGACGGUGAUGAUGGUGUUCCGAUUGAGGUUUUUAGGUCUAAUUUAAGAGUUCAUCGAGAUUAUUGCCAUGGGUACUGGAUUCCUCCUCCUCUUGAUCAUUUUCCGAUGGAACAGGAAGCUACGUCAGGGACAAUUACUAAACUCAAAACUGAUGCGAAUGGCAAACAAUUAAAGUUAAGGAUCAAAGUUGCUAAAAGAUUAUCGGAGCCGAAGUUUAGCCCAGGCAUGCCAGUUGAAGUUAAAAGUGAUGAGGAUGGGUAUCAAGGUUCUUGGUAUACGGCUAUUGUUAUUGGCUCAGUUGGAGUUGGACAGUUCCUUGUUGAAUACGAGACUCUCAAAACUGAAGAUGAGAAGGAGCUCCUCAAAGAAGUUGCAAAUGAACAGUACAUCAGGCCUCAGCCCCCACAUAUUCCUAAAAGCUGUAAAUACAAGUUGCUUGAUGAAAUUGAUGCUUCGUAUAAUGAUGGAUGGUGGGAAGGUGUGAUUUAUGAGAUUCUUGAUAAAAAGAAAUACAUUGUUUAUUUUGCUUCAUCAAAUGAGAAGUUGGUCUUUCAUCAUUCAAACCUGAGAUUUCGCCAGAUUUGGAUUAAUUCAAAAUGGGUUCUAGCUUCUCAGCAUAAGUCAUCUAACUUAAAGUUGAGAAUUUCAUCAUCAAAAAGACAAUACACUCAAAACAAAGAACACCAGAGUUUCGACAAGGCGACAAUAGUAGAGGUCAGAAUCGAUGAACCAGGUUAUGAAGGAUCUUGGUAUUCUGCACGAAUUGUUAGAUUAACACAAAAGAGCAGAUAUUUGGUAGAGUAUCUGACUCUCAAAACAGAGGAUGGAAGAAAAUCACUAAAAGAAGAGGCAGAGUUUCAAAAUAUCAGACCUUGUCCUCCUAACAUUCGGGUGGAUGGAUGUUUUUCGCUGCUUGAAAAAGUUGAUGCCUGGUACAAUGAUGGAUGGUGGUUUGGUGUCAUAUCUAAAGUUUUUGCUGAUAAGAAAUACUUGGUUUACUUUGAGACAACAAAAGAGGAACUUGAAUUCCAUCAUGUGAAUCUGAGGACUCAUCAGGAAUGGAUUCAGGGAAAAUGGAUCAAUGCAAAUAAGGAAGUGUAACUACCAAUUCUGAGAUGAUGUACUUGGUUCUCUCGUGCAUGAAGUCAGAUUAUCCAUAUUUUACUUAACCUACGGUUGUAUAUCCACUUUUAACCUGUUUUCAUGCAUCAGUCUGUAAAUCCACUAAGAUUGCCUCAUGGAACGACUAUGGAUUUCUUUUGUAGAAGUUGACACACACAAAUGGAAAUCUCAAAUCUUAUUAGUUGUACUAUAUUAAAGAGCCUGUGGAAAUCUCUAAUGCUCUCUGUAUGCCCUCUCUCUUAAGAAUAUUUGGAAAAUACCUCGUCCGUUGUAAGAUCAUUUACACCUUAGCGGAACUUACAAGCUAACAACGAAGAACAAAUGGAUGUGUGUUUCUAUUGGUGAAUGUCGAAUGGAACAAGAACAAUUUUUGUGUUUUUUGUUUGUGAUUUUCGAACAAGUAUAAGAAAAAGAUAGUUUGGCUAACUCAAACUCACUAUAAAUCCAUAUAGCAAGUAAGGAGGCUCUUAAGGCACACCUGAAUUCGCCAAUUACACUACGCAUAAGAACUUUAGCAAAUAUAAUUCCAAUCCAAGAAUCAUAUAAACAA